CAGUUUUUUUUUUCUCUUACCCCUAUUGGCCACCUUCAAACGCCAGCCAUGACCAUUGUGGCUACUGCUGCUGCCCUCUCUCUUCCAUUAUCUCUAUGCCCAACUUCUAAGAUCAACACCAAAAAGGGUGUAAGACGAGGGCUUCGGGUGUUUGCUGUAUUUGGAGAGGAAAGUGGGUCAGUGGAGAGGAAGAGCACAUGGGGCACAAUCUUUGAUGUGGAGGAUCCAAGGUCUAAAUUCCCACAAUCCAAAGGGAAGUUCUUGGAUGUAAAUCAAGCUCUUGAAGUAGCUAGAUUUGAUAUUCAGUACUGUGAUUGGCGGGCUCGGCAAGAUCUGCUUACAAUCAUGCUCCUCCAUGAAAAGGUUGUGGAAGUUCUAAAUCCUUUGGCCCGUGAAUACAAGUCCAUUGGCACAUUGAAGAAGGAGCUUGCAGGGCUGCAAGAAGAGCUAGCACAAGCUCACAGACAGGUUCAUAUAUCUGAAGCAAGGGUUGGCACUGCUUUAGAUAAGUUGGCUUACAUGGAAGAAUUGGUUAAUGAUAGGCUAUUACAAGACAGAAAUACAGCAGAUUCAAAUCAAACUUCAACUUCAACUUCUCCUAGUACUUCCACAGCAUCUCUUGAUAUGGUAAAGAGAAAGCUUCCCCAGAAAAGUUUGAAUGUUUCAGGUCCUGUUCAACCUUACCAUCCUCGUCUGAAGAAUUUCUGGUACCCUGUUGCUUUCUCCACAGACCUGAAGGAUGAUACCAUGAUUCCAAUUGAUUGCUUUGAGGAACCGUGGGUUGUCUUUCGUGGGAAAGAUGGGAAACCCGGAUGUGUCCGUAACACCUGCGCCCAUAGAGCAUGUCCUCUUCAUCUUGGAUCAGUAAAUGAGGGUCGUAUCCAAUGUCCUUACCAUGGGUGGGAGUACUCAACAGAUGGGAAAUGCGAGAAAAUGCCGUCAACACGAUUGCUUAAUGUAAAAAUAAAAUCAUUGCCGUGUUUAGAGCAAGAGGGAAUGAUCUGGAUUUGGCCUGGCAGUGAUCCUCCAACAGCCACCCUUCCUUCUUUACAACCUCCACCAGGAUUUAAAAUCCAUGCUGAGAUUGUCAUGGAACUUCCAGUGGAACAUGGGCUUCUUCUGGAUAACCUUUUGGAUCUUGCACAUGCCCCUUUCACUCAUACAUCCACCUUUGCCAAAGGAUGGAGCGUGCCUAGCUUGGUAAAAUUCUUGACACCUGCAUCUGGACUCCAAGGAUACUGGGAUCCCUACCCCAUAGAUAUGGAAUUUCGACCACCUUGUAUGGUGCUGUCAACCAUUGGUAUCUCAAAACCCGGGAAAUUGGAGGGACAGAGCACCAAGCAGUGCGCGACACAUCUUCAUCAACUCCAUGUCUGCUUACCUUCAUCAAGAGACAAGACAAGGUUACUGUACAGAAUGUCACUGGACUUUGCUCCUGUGCUUCAGCACAUCCCUUUCAUGCAAUAUCUCUGGAGAUAUUUUGCAGAAAAGGUGUUGAAUGAGGAUCUACGGCUUGUAGUUGGACAACAAGACCGGAUGUUGAUGGGGGCAAAUGUGUGGAACUGCCCAGUAUCAUAUGACAAGCUUGGAGUGAGGUACAGGCUAUGGAGAGACGCUGUGGAACGAGGAGCUAAGCGAUUACCCUUCACUGAAUCAACAUAAAUGCAGCUUCAGCUACAUAUUCUAACUUCAAUUACUGCUCCUUCAGAACCAACCCCCAAGUACCCAACUCUGCAGACCAUCAACUAUAACUCCUUUGAAUAUAUUCUGCAGUUUGGUGCCCACCAAGAACAUCCUUCCAGUGCGACCCCCAACGGCAACUGUGAAUUAAUAUGAGGCAGAAAAUAGAUGGUUCCUACAAGACAAAGCCCCUGUAAAAUAAAUUGAUUCUGUACACUACCUUCAUUUUUGUUUCGUGUACAGUAUCAAAUCCAUUUUUUUUUUUUUUUUUUCAUCUUUUGGUACUUGUUUGGAGAACAAUGGAAUCAUAAAGAUUGCUUUCCAGCCAAAAUAAGUAUCAUUGAUCUCUGAGCCAGUGUCACUGUAUAAUAGCAUCACUCUGUCCUCAUUUUAUAAAUGAAAAUUCAUCAUUCUCAAUUGCUCGUAA